GGUCGCUUGAAACACAGAGCCUCUCAUAGCCGCAGGCUCGUCCCCCCUCCGUCUGGCCAUUGCUGUAGAGCUAAAGAAGGCGCACACACCGUACAGGAAUCCUUAGACGAUGCUGAGCCGAACGAUCCGUCAGGUGGCCUCGCAGGCCAAGCGUCAGGGCGCCCGCAUGGCGUCCACCAAGCGCUCGUCCGUGAACGGCAAGGGCGCGUUCGACGGCGCGUACAACAUCUUCAUGAAGAGCUCGCCCGUGUACGUGACCACGGUGCUGAUCGCCACGCUGGUGGUGGAGGGUGUCUACGGCUCGGCCACUAACUACAUUUGGGAGGCCAACAACCGCGGUCGCCUGUACCACCACAUUGACUGGUCCAAGUUUGCUGAGGAGGAGGAAGAAGAAGAAGAGGAAGAAGAGGAGGAAGAAGAGGAGGAGGACGCUCACGAGGACGACGAGGAUGACGAGUAAACUGGUUGAUUCUGUCAAUGCUACGCAAUCCACAGCACCCUGAACUUCUAUAUGGAACACAUGAGUGAGUGUGGGGGAAUACAGGGCGUUGUGCAACGAGGCUGCAAUAGCCGCCUCAUACGUUAACUGCCAGAAACACGAAGAAAAAUACUAGGAUGAAUAUUCAGCCUGUGUAUUUGGCGCAAGAAGCUCCUGACUC